UUGGAUCUUUCGUUCCCUCAUGAUUCUGGUGGUUUCGGGACCAAUGUAUACCAUGUUGACCAGCCCAGUGAUAAACAUAGUGGCGAUUGGCAGCAACACGCUGUAUCGGUUCGAUUCUGCAAAGGUUCCUGCGAAACUUGAUGAGGGGCCAAGAGGGCUGCUCGACCCAGGGUAGGUCAUGAGGAGAACGGCGGGCAAGGCGGUUUGCAGCGCAAAGUAGACGGGGAAGAUCUUCUGCUGCAAUUGGGAGAACAUAGGUCGAGGGAGAGCUCGGAAGGCUACGAUUCCAUUGACGAAGCUCUGGAAGAAGGUGGUUCCUAGCAAGGUACCAUAACUGCGAAGGGUUAAUUUGAUCCGGCAUGCUCGGAUGGGAGAGAUUGUGCGAACGUGAUGAUAUGGUACGGAGCUGGUGAUUUGAAUAUAGAUAAGUCGGGCAUAUUGGCAGUUUGAUCGAUCGACGUCUUGUUGAUUCGAACUUGUGUUGUUGUUUAACUGAGUUGAGAGUUGAUACCUGUGGACCUUCCCGAGGUUCAGUUUGUUCGCGUCAUCAGUUAACUCCGUGCUUCGCCCGAGCACUUCACUUACACCUGCAACCCCUGUCUUUGAAAAGCGUGACCUCGUGUUUGACACCUCUGAAGCGCGCGUCUGCCUAGAAUAACCCCAAUAACCCAAUAAAGCUGCCUCCUUCGCGUCCCUUUUUCAUACUCAACCAUCAAUCGUGUCAACUUUGAUCCGGCAUCAUGGCUAACAAGCAAGCAACAGUGUAUAUUGUAGAUCAGGGUGCCUCUAUGGCUGAGUGCCAUAGUGGUAGAGUGGAAAGCGACUUCGACUUUGCCAUGCAAUAUGUCUGGGAUAAGAUAUGCACAACCAUGGCUGCCAAUCGGACUACCUGGAGUCUUGGUGUGGUAGGCCUCAGAACAGAAGAAACCGAGAACCUGCUAUGUCAAGGCGACGACCCCGACGGUUCCUAUGACAAUAUUGCGGUACAUAAGGAACUCGGUCCAGCCACCAUGGAUGAUUUGACGCGGUUGCAAUCGCAACUCAAGACCAGCGCAAAUGAAUUUGGAGAUGCACUUUCGGCCGUUGUUGUCGCCAUAGAUAUGAUUGACAGAUAUACGACAUUGAAGACCGGAAAACCUGGAAAGUUUACACGAAAGAUCGUCCUGGUCACGGAUGGACAGGGAGUCAUAGAUGGUGAUGAUGUGGAUUCGAUUUAUCAGAAACUCAAUGAUUCGGGUAUUGAACUUGUGGUAUUGGGCGUUGAUUUCGAUGACUUGGAGUUUGGAUUCAAAGAAGAAGAUAAAUCGGAACACAAGGUAUGUUACUUGUUUCGUUUGGCUCAAAGUUAUUAAUUUGCCUCUAGAGAAACAAUGAAGCCCUGCUCCAGAAGCUGGUCGAUGUAUGCAGCAAGGGUAUAUUUGGUACGGUUGCUGAAGCUGUUGAGAAUCUUUCGAUACCCGAGUUGAAGCCUACCACGCCCUAUGCAAAUUACAAGGGACGUCUUUCACUUGGUGAUUACGAAGAAUAUCCUGAAACCGCUCUAUACAUUGACGUUCAAAGAUAUUUCUUUACCAAAGCUGCUAGACCUCUGACGGCAAGUAGUUUUGUGGAAAUCGUGUCCUCAGGAAACAGUCAACCCACUGCACAGUCUUCAUACACGCUCGAUGGUGAUACGGAAAUGGGAGAAGCACCGGAACUUUCAGCUGUCCGAAGUAACAUUCGGUAUCAAGUGAAUGCUGCCAGUGAAGUGGGAGGAAAGCGAGAUAUUGAUCGAGAGGAUCUUGAGAAAAUUUUCGAGUAUGGUCGAACAGCAGUUUCCAUCAGUAAGAGUGAUGAAAACGUCACAAAGCUAGAAACAGUCACAAGCUUCUCGAUAAUUGGGUUCGUUCAUAGUGAUACGGUAUGUAUUUCGUACGAAUUUCGGAGUAAAACUAACUCCCAAUAGUAUGAAAGAUACCUUAAUAUGGGCGAAUCUUGCAUUACCGUCGCAACACCUACCAAUGAGAAAGCUGUUUUGGCAUUUUCAUCUCUCGUCCAGGCGCUCGAAGAAUUGACUUCGUGUGCUGUGGCGAGAAUUGUGACCAAGGAAGUCAAAGAUCCGUCCAUCAUCCUCCUUGCUCCAUUGCUCGAAAACCAUAUCCAUGCCCUUGUUGAUGUGCCGCUUCCUUUUGCUGAGGACGUACGCAUGUAUCGUUUCCCACCACUGGGCAGAGUGAUUACUGCAUCCGGUGCAACUGUUACGAAGCACAGAAAUCUCCCCAAUGAUGAUCUGCUCAAGUCGAUGAGUGAUUAUGUCGAUGCAAUGGAUCUAUCAACUUUUGGAAAAGACGACGAAGGGUAAUGCAAUAAUGCUGCUGUCUUUGUUGAUCAAUACUGACAUUUCUAGACAACCGACUGAGUACAUGAAGGUCGAUGAGACUUAUUCGCCGGCAAUCCAUCGAAUCAACAAAGCGAUCCGUGACCGAGCAUCAAAUCCAAAGGCACCUGUCGCUAAGCCGGCUGAUGUCUUGAUGCAAUGGUCGAAACCACCUGCUGAGCUUGUUUCUAAGACUUCUUCCGAGCUCCAGAAGCUUACCGAGGCGGCCAAAAUCAAGAAAGGUAAGUCUUUAAAACAUGAAUAUAAAUUCAAGACUAAUAUUCUUCAUAGUCCCAGCCAAAAAGAAGGGUAAGAGAUUCACCCGCGACACCAAAGCCCCAUUAUCUGGUCUAGACGUCGACGACCUCCUCAACCGCGAAACUCCCCAAGAAAUCACAAAGGAAAACGCCAUACCUGCAUUCAAGCAGCGACUCCGUCUCACCAAAUCAGACAAGGAGAUCGGUGUAGCGGUCAAGAAAAUGGACGCCGUCAUUUGUGACAUUAUCAAAGAGAGUACUCUGGAAAAUGGCUACGCACGAGCACUCGAGAACGUGAGAGUUGUGAGGGAAGAAAUGGUGCUGUUGGAACAGUGGGAAAUUUACAAUGAUUUCAUCAAGGAGUUGAAGAUCAAGAUUUUGGGGGAGAAGUUGGGUGUUAAUAGGAGGUCUUUCUUCUUGAGUAUCAAGACUGCGAAAUUGGGGUUGAUUGAUGAGAAGCUUGUUGAUCAUUCCCCUGUUACGGAAGAGGAGGCUACGAAGGUGAGUGCGAUUGGCCCCAAUAUCCAUGUCCUCUUUACUGAUCCUCGAUCAGUUUUAUUCGAUGAAGCUGGAGAUCCCGGUUCGAGGUAAGUAAUGAUGUUUAGCGAGGGAAAAUACGGAAGUAAAAGUUAAGAUGGGUUGGUGCAUUUGUAUGAAUAUUGAUGCGGUCGUCAUGGUUGCUAGGUUUGUAAGAUCUUACCUGGUACUUGUUGACUGGAACUGAGGACUGAAACUAUCCAUGCACAUGAGCUUGCGUUCUGGCUCUUCUUGGUCAAGUUCCCAUUUAUCGCGCAUAUAUUGUAGAUUUGCAACGAUCUAAAUAUUUAGAAGAUCAUGCUAUUCUAGCGAUUGUCAGGGGUCUGGUCAGGGGCUGACGGACAAGGUUGCAAAUUAGGCUGUGCAUUCACAGUAAGCUACAGUACUGUAAUGUAACCACCAGUCGAUCGCGGCUGAGCCUCAAAUCUCCUUUUUUCUUUCCAACCUCUUCAACAUUUUUUAUCAGAUUUUGCUUUGAAUUCUAUACUACGGACAGCGCUGGAACUUCUGCAGCGGACUCGUCAAAUAUUUUUACGAUUAUAUAUCUAGAUUCUUGCUGGAUACUUGCUCGUCCUUGUGUUCAUUCCACGGGCUAAUUAUUGAUAGAAAGGACUGCACGAUGGGUAGGCUUUCAUGGGUAAACAACCACGGCGCUUCCUGCUGACUGGGACAGUGAGCUCUGUUGUCUUCAGAAGAUCUAUGUCAGGCCCGAAGGCAUCCCACCACUUAGCAGCUAGGGCCUACCUCGAUGAACGCUCUAGUUUGUUGAAUCACCCUGAACCUGCUGCAAAUUUGAGAGCUGUCACGUGGUCACAGAGGCUUGACACACUCCUUGAACGAGACUCUGGCGUCUACGGGUUUGGGAUCAUUCGUGCCAUUCUGACUAGCUACAUCUAUGUCCUACUAGUGGUCUUACCUUUGUACUUGUUGGCGUUGCUCAUGAAUUGGCCACCUGUAAUCGAGUUUCUGCUUGGCUUUCUUGCCAUUAUCCCGCUAGCUGCCUUGAUGGACCUCGUGACCGAUAAUAUAUCAGCAUUUCUUGGUCCGACUGUGGGUGGACUUAUGUGGGCAGUAUUUGGCAGUAGCGUCCAGAUAAUAGUAAGGCAGCCAGACUUUUUGAAGAGCGGACAAUUGACAAGCGGAUAGGUAUGCGUCUCGUUUCUAAGAACCAACGAAACGGGAGUUGUGAAAGCGAUUCUUAUGGGUGAUCUCUAUUACAAUACUCUCUUCGGUCCAUGCUUAUUCAUGAUUGUCGAUGGUCUUCGUGCUCGAUAUCUGGAGCAGAACUUUUACAUAUCGGCCACAGGCGUGAUGUCUUUUAUGAUUCUUGUUUCCACGAUUUCUAUGCUUUUACCGACUUUUCUCUGUCUUGGUAUCUCGCACUUGAGCGAGCAGAAAUCUGGUAUGACUAAAUUGUAUCACGGCCUGGCAAUAAUACUACUGGUCAUAUACCUUGUUUAUCUCAUUUUUUUCCAUAUGGACUCAUCCGGAUUUAUUCGAUACAGAGGAUGAAGACUAUGAAGAGGCAGACACACCCGAGGGAGCACCAAAUAUCUUGGCCAACUUGAUUGUUCUAUUGCUUGUCCUCUGUCUCAUUGCUUUCUGCACCCAAAGCCUGGUUGUAAACAUCACGGAGAUGGCCAACAAAACACAAAGCAGCAAAACGUUCAUCGGGUUCAUUCUUAUUCCAUUUCUCGACAAUGUGGCUACCAGCGUCACAUACACACAGGUCACCUUACGGGACAGAAUGGGCCUCGCUUUCGGAGUAACUUGCCGGGCUGUUUUGCAAGUCGUCUUCUUCGUGACACCGUGUCUGGUACUUGUGGGCUGGACGAUGAACCGUGAUUUGACGCUCCGUUUUGACACGGCAGAGGCAGUGGUUGUGGCGUUGUCAACUAUUGUUAUGGUCCACCUUUUGCAAAAUGGCAAAUCAAACUAUUUCUAUGGCGUCCUGUGUUUGGGAAUGUAUGUCAUCGUCGCGACAACCUUCUAUAUUCUGGCAGAUGACCUCAAUUUGUAA